GAUACAUGACGUACGCGACACAGUCUGUAGUUCCAAAACAUGGAUUUUCUUAGUCACAUUUUCUUUUGAACGAUCAUCGUUCUUUAAGUUGUUCCGAUAAAGGGGACCUUCAAGUUCGAUCCGUGUCGUAAAAUGAUUAUAAAAUUCCGUACGAUGAUCGUCUUUUUUGAAUUACGAAAGUAGGGAAAGUGUAUAUGGUGUAGUAAAUCUGCCAUGAUAGAUCCGAACGCGUCUUCGUCUUACUCGAAAAAAGUCCGAGAUUGUUAGCAAAAUGCGUGAUUCUUGUUGCCAGGAGAGCUUUCCGAAGUAAAAGUACAGACGCAGAAUGGUGGUGGAUUGUUUAUCAAUUCAAGGCUCAGCAGCUGUAAUAAGGAAGCAGGAGCGACGAUUGGGUGGGUUAGUGGGUGCAAAAAUGCAACCAAACAAUGUUGGCAGUUGUGGUGGUAUGACACCUAAAGAACUCUCUGACAAUGACGAUCUAGCUACUUCACUCGUGCUAGACCCGUACCUUGGAUUUACUACCCACAAGAUGAACAUUAGGUACAGGCCAUUAAAAGCAAACAAGGAUGAACUUCGUAAGAUUAUUUGUGAUUUUAUUCAAACACAAAAUUAUGAAAGAACGUAUAAAAAAUUAAUGGGUGGUGAUUGGGGUGCAAGACUCCCGCACACGAAAUCUAAACAGCAGCAAAUAAAUUUAGAGAAACACAUUUAUAGAUACUUGAAAGUUUUCGACAAAGAUUCUGGAUUCGCGAUCGAGCCGUGCUACAGGUACAGUCUCGAGGGUCAGAAAGGUGCCAAAAUUUGUGCGACCAGGAAAUGGUUGAAACAUGACAAAAUACCGUGUCUCGUCGGGUGCAUAGCGGAACUUAGUGAGAAGGAAGAAGCAGCGUUGUUGCACCCGGGGAAAAAUGACUUUUCCGUCAUGUUCAGUUGCCGGAAAAAUUGUGCACAGUUAUGGCUGGGCCCAGCGGCGUAUAUUAAUCACGAUUGCAGACCCAACUGCAAGUUUGUGGCAACGGGGAGAGACACAGCCUGCGUUAAAGUUCUUCGCGACAUCGAGGUAGGAGAAGAGAUCACGUGUUUCUAUGGCGAGGAUUUUUUCGGCGAUGGUAAUUGUUAUUGCGAGUGCGAAACGUGCGAGAGGAGGGGGACAGGAGCGUUCGCGAAUAAGAAGUCUGGCGAAGAACUUUCUUCUGGUACUCUGCGGAACGAGUUAACUUUGACUGAUUUGAUCCGCCGUGUAUGUACAUAUUUAUCGAUUCUUGCAGGAUACCGUCUACGAGAAACAGACAAUCGCAUUAAUCGCACGAAACACAGACAACAGCCGUUGAAUCGCAAUAAGCAACAAGCCGAUACUGCGCUCACGGAGAGGAACGGGUUGCUGGUUGGUAAUACCGCGGUCGCGCCACAGAGUCUCAGCAUGAAGGAAUUACGGAGGAAGGGAUUGACAAAAUACGAUGCGGAAUUGUUAAUUGCACAGGGGUGUCGGUUCUCCGACAUUGCUCAGCAACAGCCAACUACGAACAAUGGUGAAAAUGUAUUGCAAACAUCCCGACCUCAUCCCUCAGCUAUUACAAAUUCGGUCUCAAGAAAUCUACGGAACAAACAGUUGUGCAAAUUUGACGGUGGCAACAGUCAUCAGAACAAUGUUAAGAACAAUCACACGCUCCGAUCUUCCAGGCUUCACAAAAAGACAGACUCGAAAAAGAACAAAGUUUCGGAGAGGACUAGAUCUCCCUGUUUAAACGGUCCCGUACUAGCGAACAUCGAGGUAGAAAAUAUAAGUCAUCGCAAAGAAGAUUCUGACAGGGUGGAAGAUACAAUUCUAUACUCUAGAUUACAAAAUUCAGAAAGUAAUACGAACAAAGAUGUUUGCCGUGUUCAAUCUCCGCUUCGCGAUGUCUUGGAACAGUCCACCUGUUCUGAUUUGCAAACUGAAUGCGCAACCGUUAAAGACGGCAAGGGAAUAAAUGGCAAAUUGAACGAAAAAGAAAUACCUGAUGUUGUAGAAAUUAAUUCUAAUUCGGUAGAUAAUAAUAACACUUUUAUUUCUAAAAAAGAACUCUAUAGUACAAAUACCUGUGAUUCAGUUCGUACAAGUUCCAUGCCCGAAGCUCGAUUACAUGAUUUACACGAGGUCGAUGAAAACAUCUCUCAAGAACAUCACCCGAGGACUCGUUACGAUUUGUUUUCAACCGAGAAUUCCAAUGGCAUAAACGGUAUUUGUACCGCACCCGCGAUAAAGCCGAGCAGUUGUGUUGAAAGAUAUUUCAAACUUGAAAGGCAAGUCUCAAACGAGGAGGAGGAGAGCUACGAAUCUGUGCAUGAGAAUUAUUCUAGCAAACACAAAGAGCAAACGUCAUUGGUUCAUAAAACAAUUUCCGCGUUCGAUAAGCGUAAAUCGGAAGACAUGAAAGUGUGUAUCGAUUCGACGAAUUCAACAUUGGCUAAACAUUUGAUGGAAAGCGAGACAUCCAAAUUAGACAGGUUCGUAUCUGACGAGCUCUCGAUUGACAACGAAUGUGGCGAGAUGGAUUUUGUGAGAGAACACACAAACACUGAGGAGAGGCGAGAAGACGAUUUGUUUGGCAGAAACAAUGUAUACGCAGUAAACGUCGAAGCGCCCGAGAUUGCAGAAACUGAAACUCUUGAACCUUUUGCCGUAGAUCUGAAUUCCCCGGUAAAUUCUUGUAAGGAGAAUAAUAAAAUUUUUAAUACAAUGGAAACUGAAACUGAUUACAAUUUGAGCGAAGCGUGUAAUUUAGAGAAUACUCGUAAUUCUAUUUUAAAUCAACCUGUACGAAAGAACGAGGUGUCGAGGUCCCACAAAAGUAAAAAGAGACUUCAGAGCGAGAAGAGAUCGUUUGAAUUAAAAAAAGAACUGCAAAAUGAGCGGAGAAUGACCGACUGUAACACGGCACCUGCUACAAAAACUCGGAACAAGGGUGAGAAAGCCAAGAGUAGAUUGACGAGAAGUCAGAAACGAGACCGGAAGAAAGUGUCUACAGCGGAAAUUGGCGUGGCCGACGACGAUUCGGGUAUACAGGGCGACAUUUACGAGUUCAGCGAGAAGGAGAGUAAUCUAGAGGAUAUUAGAAUACCGUCGAUAAUGCGACGCAAACAGGAGGCUCGUCACGAGCUCGCAUCUCAUUUACAAGAGAUGCAAUACGACGAUGAAUGCAAUAAAGCUGGACCUCCAGUAUUAGUUCCUCAGGAACCAUGGCCACCUGCCAAUUGUAAUCAGAAUCAGUUGUCGGAUUCCGAAAGUAAUGGCCGUUUGAGAGAAAAUUCCGUGGAUAGUCUGAAGAGACUGUCUGCUUUUAGUACCGAUGGUGUACAAAAACCAACUCCUACUGAUUGCCAGUGGCAACUUAACAAUUGCCAAGUGUGUCCAACCACUCCAGAGAGAACUGGAAGAUUGAAGCUUACCCUCCGCAUGAAACGCUCCCCGGUUUUAGAAGACGCUGUAGAGUCGGGUACGAGUCUGAGCGAGGACAGUUACGAGCCGGAAUACGAAGUGUUACGCGUGGAAGGUGUCGAAGGGAGUAGACGUAAGAAGAAACAUAAAACUCGAGAUCGCGAGAGGCGACGUAAGAAGCGAGAGUUGAACCUCGAUCCGCCUCCACCCCCGAUGAAAAGGUUGCGUUUAAUUUUCGGCAACGAGACGCAUACGAUCGACUUUCCGCAUUCUUAACAACUAUAAAUGGUGAUUUUCAAUCCCACGGAACAAAUUAUAAAUACAGUCUAGAUAUUAAAAGAAAA